AUGGACUCCUCGAUAGAAUCCCUUUCGACUAAUCCCGCCCACAGCGCCCCUUCGUCUAGGUCCCGAAGCAGCACGAAGAUAGUAGACGAUGUGACCAGCCUGACAUCAUUCAAUCCGUUCUCCGAGGAGGAUGAACAUGACCAGUCUUCAUACGCUCUUGUCUCUUCCCUGUUUUCCAAGGUCAAGAAUACUCUCUCUGCACCCCUCUCGUCAGCCGGCCCCUCCGCCGCGCCUGCAUAUCCAAGUACUGCUCCCGAGAAAGCUACUCCAGAUCAGCGCCGACCGUCCCUCCAGUAUUCCAACUCCAACCAGUCUCAUAAGUCAGGGUCGGACAGGGCGAACCCGUUCAAUAUUAAUUCCUCCAAUCCUGCGCCCCCGCUCGUCUCCUUGACUCCUGUUGUCUCGGAGACUCCAUCCUACGCUGCAGAUGAUCGCCCGCCUUCUCGUGCAGGUAUCUAUCGCCCAGACACCCCAGAUGGAGGCGGAUACUCCAUCCCUGGCUUUCCUAUACAGGACAGCGAUGCGCGCAGCAUUCGUACCAACGUCAGCUUGCGGAGGUCCGCGUCUGUGUCUAAAGUUAUACGGAGGAUACGGGGUGAAGGGCUGUCACGCGACUAUUGGAUGGACGACGAACUAUGCAAGGAGUGUUACGACUGCAAGAGUGUAUUCACGACGUGGAGAAGAAAGCACCAUUGCCGGAUAUGCGGUCAAAUAUUCUGCUCUCGUUGCGCGUCGAAUAUCAUCAAGGGUACUCGGUUCGGCCACGAAGGGAUGGUUCGGGUUUGCAAUCUUUGUCUUGACAAGCUGGCCAAAGGGGAUGAAGACGAGGACGAGGACGACCGUCGUUCCGUCAUGACCUCCCUGUCCUCACCUUUCGCCGCACAUCAGUUCGGUAGCGAAUCGCGGUCGUUCAACCUGUCUGUUCACCCACAAUCACCCUUCGCAGCAUCUCAUCUCUUUGGUCGUACGGACGAACCCUUCAGCUUGUUCUCAAUAGCGGAGACCAAGCGAACCCGCUCGGGUUCUGAAGACAGUGGGUUCGGAUCCCGUCCCAUGACCCCGCUUGACGGAUUUGGUUCUUCAAAAUUCCUCCGCGAGAAUCCUGUACCAUUUCGAAGAGCCCUCACCGAAGAGGACAAGGAUCCGAUAUCUGUGGCAGACCAAUUCCAGCGCGAUUCUCCAACGGCAGCAGGUUCGAAGACACCUAUCGACUUCCCCGUCACUGUCCCCGUCACCGUGGAAGGUGGGACGAGUACCGUUCAGUUUCCAUUGAGUUCCCCCGACCAGCCCCUUGCCAUCGAGAGUCCUGGGGUGUUACGUUCACGUUUCAACUCGUCCGUCGAGUUCGACGCAUCCCCACCGUUCAUCCGCAGUCGCGUGCAGAGCCGACUGGGAGAUAGCUUCAGCACCUCAGCAAUUGGCGAACCCGGAUGGCGCACGAGAAGAGAGAGCACAGCCUAUGCACAGGAACUCAAUCUUAUCUCCAUGUUCCAUCUUCGGGUCAUGCUCCGGCAGAUGCUGAUGUCCGAGGACAUCCCCAACCUCAGGGAGUGGGAGGAGACGCUGCUCAAGCUUGCCCUCCGAGUAGCUCGCGAGCUGACUUUCACCGCUCAUCCUCAUCGCCAAGGUGCUGAUAUGGACGUACGGCGGUACGUGAAAAUCAAGAAGAUUCCGGGGGGCGCUCCUCAAGACUCCGAGUAUGUAGAUGGUGCAGUCAUCACGAAGAACGUCGCCCAUAAGCAAAUGACGCGGACCUUGCGAAAUCCGCGCAUCAUGCUUGUGACGUUCCCGCUGGAAUUCCAUCGUGUAGAAGGCCAGUACAUGCACUUCGGACAGAUUUUCCGUCAGGAGAAAGAGUACCUUGGGAACUUGGCGAGCCGGAUUGCAGCACUGCGACCGCAUGUCGUCCUUGCCGAGAAGUCUGUCUCCAGGCUGGCUUUGGAUGCCCUCGCGAAGCGUCAGAUCGCGGUUGCGCGUGCGGUGAAGCCAUCCGCAGUGCAGUUCGUGGCACGGAUGACUCAAGGCGAUGUAUUCUCGUCCAUGGAUAAGCUCGCGUUGGAACCACACUUAGGGCACUGUGCUCGCUUCCGCCUGCAGACGUUCGACCAUCCACUGAUUCCGGGACGACGUAAGACGUACAUGCGUUUUGAGGGUUGCAACAGCGAGAUGGGGUGUACUAUCUUGCUGCGCGGCGGAGACAUCGAAGUCCUUCGCCGUGUCAAGAAAGUCACUCGAUUCCUGGCUUUCAUCGUCCGGAACUUGAAGCUCGAGACUCACCUCUGGAAAGACUCCGUCAUUACACUGCCCCCUUUGACAGCCGAGGCCACACCCCCACAAUACAGCUCUGAUGCCACUACCCCGAUCGCCGGCAACGGCUACCCUACGGUUCACGCGACAGCCUUCAACCAGGACGCUUUGGAGAUCAACAAGGAUCACCCCAUCGAAGAUCUUCCGGAUGAGGAUGCGGAGCAGAUUCGACUUUCGCGGCGGAUUCAAGACUCCCUCGAACCGUACAGGAAGACGUUCAUAUCCGUAUCUGCCACACUGCGGUUCCCCCCGCCAUACCCCAUUCGGCGGAUGAAAGAGCUAGACGACGAACUCAUACGUGUCAAGCGCGAAUGGGAGGACGAAGUCAUUCGCCGCGAGGAACGGGGUAGCUCCGGACACAAGCCGGAGGAGUCUUCCGCGACCAUUGUCCAGGUCACUGCGUCCACGCCGGACCCCGACGACGUUGCUGCACAAAUCGAGUCUCUCCCGCUCCCAGAUAUCCCGAGGACUCCCACUGUCGACGAAGGCACCGGUAGCCGACUUGACGAUCGCCCUGGCUACUUCGACCUCGUUCCUACUAUCUCCCCCGGCCUCUUCACGCAGAACUUCAGCGCCUCACCCCUUCCUCGCACGCCUCUCGAUCGGCCGCCGCUGCAGCUGAAGACCGCGCAAGACAUCGCCCUCGAGAGCCGUUACCAGCAUGUCAAGCUGCAGCACUCGGAGCAGCGUCGCAUAUGGGAAUGGUACCUACGGAAGAACCGGGACGACUUCCAAGUAGAGAAGUACCAGUGCAUCAGUCUUUGGGAGCUCACACUACCGAUCGACGAAGUCGGCCUUCACCGCGCUUGCUUCCCGCCCAAACUGGAGUACAUCACAUUCUAUGGGGAGAAUGACUGCACCCUAGGUCAGUUUAUCGAGAAGGCCGUCAUGGACACCCUUAGGCAGUUUCUGGACCCGAAGGCGAUCUGCGAGAACAAGAGCUGCAACCAACCGCUGGCGCGACAUUGCAAGUUCUUCGUGCACAACGAGACACGCAUCUGCGUUGCGGUAGAGCAAUGGGAUGGCCAGAUCAUUAAUCGCGCGAAUUGGGCUCCUUCGCCUGAGACCAUCAUCACCUGGAGUGCGUGUCGGGUCUGCGGCUCCGCGACGCCGUUCAUCCCCGUGUCUCAGGAAAUGCAGCGGUAUUCGUUCGCCAAGUUCCUGGAAUUGCACUUCUAUCCCGCGGACGUCCAGCUCGUCCAGGGCGCAGGGUGCCAGCACAACAUCUACCAACACCACGUACGCUACUUCGCGAUCAAAGGCAUGACCGUUCGCUUUGUCGCGGACCCGAUCGUCCUGCACGAGGUCGUUUAUCCCCCAAUGCGCAUCCGUGUCCGCUCGGAGACGCAGCUCGAGAUCAAGAACGCAGACUAUCAUCGGCUUCACCAACGUAACAACGCCUGGUACUCCGCGCUGAUCGACGACCUCCGUCUAAUCACAAUCGACGCGGCGACGGGAGACGAGGAGGCGGACGCCCUCCUCAACUCACACAUCAACGCUCUCAUCAACAAGGCAGAGUGGGAGAAGGAGGACGUAGCCAACCUCAUCGAUCGGAUCUACAAGGACUCGUCGCCCACGGACACGCUCGCGCUCAACGCGGUUCGCGCGAACCGGCAAGAUAGGAUUGUCGCGUGGCAGCAGGAUUUCGAUCGUCUCCCGAAGCCGCGCAUCUCGCAGUCUGAGAAGAUAGCUGGGCGACGGUCGACGGCGUUCAACUCGGUGAGGGCUAUGUUGCCUAAGAGAGGGGAUUUCUACAUCCUAGAUUUCGACCGCGGCGCCCCGGCGAGCGUAUCCGAGGUCGAGGAGAGUAUGCCUACUAUACCAACCAUGCGCCGAGUCACGGGUGAUUCCUUCGUGUCGAUGUCUUCUGCGUCCGAGGCAUCCGAGUCCGAGUCUGUCGGCGGUUCUUCGGAACAGCAUAAGGAGUCAGACACUCUGCUUCCGCAGGUGGAAGACAAGACGACGACCCCGUCAGAGACAACAGUGACCACGACCACGCCAGAGGAGACCGGAAGCACGUUGCUUCCUGCGGCUGAGAUCUCUGGGGACACUCAGGAGUCGAAUAAGUCUGACCCCGAAAGCGACUCCACAAUUGGCCGAGGUCGGCAAGAUAGCGUGUUCUCAGAUGAUGCCACAUCGCCGCAGCAGGCGGAUAUUGUGGAGUCGACCGACGAUGGUCCUAAACCGUCUCAAGCUGUCGCAUCACGGCUGCCUCGGAGGGUGGCCGUGUACCCCAGCGUCGCCGAACUCGUAAGGAAAUAUCAGGAUUACCUCCCUCCGCAAGGUGUAGAGGACUUGACCAAGACCGCCCUCGCUCCUGGCGUGCCUGUCUCCGAGAGUGAGCAGGAGAGCAGUCCAGCUGUUCGUCCGCGCACCCGCCAUAAAACCCGUCAACAGCCGUUCCUCAGUAAACGCUCCUCUGUAUCUGACUUCGAGUCUAGCUAUGCCGCGAACAUCGCUCCCAAGUACCUGACGAAGCGAGUGCCAGGACCGCCAGCUCUGGGAAGUCGGAUCCCUGUGGUUAACUAUCCCGACUCCCGUAGUGCAUCGCGGCGGACGUCUCCUGACAAACGGCCGUUACUCUCUCGCACGAAUACGGACUCCACUAUGCGGCCCGGAAGGUCUUCGCCGCCACCCGUUACUAGAAACAUCACACCUUCCACUACCUCCAAGAACAGGCCGAAGCCAGCCAUGCGCCUCGGGCUCAAGGACAAGGCCCCGCCUCCGCGUCCAGCUAGCAUCGCAGGCUCGAAGUCGACCUUUAGGCGGCCACCAACUGCGGGCUCUAAGGUUUCGAACAUCGCGAAGCACUUUGAGCGCAUCAACAGGGAGACCGAGCGCGCGAGUCGUCGGUACGCUGUCAUUCGCGGCAAACGUGCGCGUCCUGUGGCGUCCGCACGUGCGAAGGUGGAGGUCUUGGAGAGCAUCAAAGAUGCGAUCAAAGACGAAUCGGAGAGCUCUGACUCGAGCGAGGCGGACGAUGAAGGCGGGGGAGAGGACGAUGACAAUCUUGACCAGAAAAGCCCUCGGAAAAGUCCUCAGAAGAUCCACGAGGCUCCGGCUCCAGCUCCGAAUGACCAGGUCAAGUCCACCUUAGAAGAGCCUCCCACCGCUUCGAGCAGCAAUACUGUGCCAGAUCAGCUUACGGAGAACACGCUCAUGGUAGGUCCCUCUGCUCCUCAGGAGUCAGAGAUACCUCCGUCAGUCAUGAGUUCUCCAAUGCUUUCACCGACCAACGCUGGUGGUAUGGCCCCGAUGACUCCGCCGCCAACCGAUGUCGAUAUCGGCCCAUCAGGACGGUCUUCCAUCCUUAAAGCUAUCUCUGGUCUUUGGCAGCAACAAGCUCCCAACCGGGGUCGAUCCGAAGCCGACGCGGAUGAUCCCAUGGCUGAUCCGGAACACAUAUUCCGCGACUCGUCCAUGGUGGUGCGCACUGACGAGCCAACGUCCAUCAUCGCGCUUGCAUUGAACUCACCUCAAUACCGCGAGAUGCUGGCGAAGUCUCGAGCGGAAAAGCGGCUGGCGCGAGAGUCUGGGGGAGAAGCGUUCAUGCCCGACGACUGGUCUAUCGCGGAGUCGACGUCAACCUGGGGGGUGGUCAAUGUCGACAGCACUGAUGGCGCGGAUCCAACCGAGGAGUUGCGGGUACCCUCUUCGAAGCUCCCAUGGGCAAUCUCUUUCGAAAGCGGGGGAUUGACCAUCAGCUGUACCGUACUGUAUCCCGAGCAGUUCGACGCACUGCGCCGGACGUACGAUUGCGAGCGGAGCAUGAUCGAGUCUUUAGCCCGAUGUGUGAAAUUUGAUGCCAGCGGCGGCAAGUCUGGAUCCGCCUUCUUGAAGACACUUGACGAUCGUUUCAUCGCCAAGGAACUUUCUCGUACAGAGCUUCAAGCAAUGGAGACGUUUGCACCUGCAUACUUCGACUACAUGUCUUCCGCUGUUGUCGCUAAUCGUCCUACGCUUCUUGCGAAGAUCUUCGGUUGCUACAAGAUCACGUUCAGGAAAACGCAGAAGCACCAAAAUAGUAGCAACAAAUCGAAGUCGACUCAAAUGAACCUACUCGUCAUGGAGAAUCUAUUCUAUGAUAGACACUUCUCCAAGAUAUACGAUUUGAAGGGGUCCACUCGCAACAGACAUGUUCAAUCAACUGGCCGGGAGAAUGAGGUUCUACUUGACGAGAACCUGGUGCAAACCGCUCAUCUGACGCCAUUCUAUCUCCGCGAGCACUCUAAACGUAUCCUGCGCGGCGCUUUGUUCAACGACAGCAAGUUCUUGGCUGACAUCAACGUCAUGGACUAUUCUCUUGUGGUCGGAGUGGAUAGCGCGAAGAAUGAACUGGUAGUUGGGAUAGUCGACUACAUCAGAACGUAUACAUGGGACAAGAAGUUAGAAAGCUGGGUCAAGGAUUCGACAUUCCUUGGUGGCGCCAACAAGGGAGAGCCGACCAUCAUCGGCCCUAAGCAAUACAGACACCGUUUCCUUAGUGCGAUGGAGCGGUACUUCCCCUUAGUUCCGGACAGGUGGAUGAAACAGCACGACGCCCCCGAGGAAGAAGGCAACAAUCUCCUUGAAUUGUGGCCUGACUGGUAAUUUGGAACACUACCUGUAGUUGUAAUUGUCAUUUCCUGUAGCAUCUUGGUUCAUUCUUGCACACCUAUGACGCCCUGGUAGUUAACAGGCUCCCACGCAUCAUUUACUAAGAUACCCUGCAAUGAUACGUCAUGAUCUAACGCCUCCUAGCCUACGACAUAGCCGAUCUGGGCCACUAUAGCUUCCGCAUCUUUGACUGUUCCUUCUGCGCAAGAGAUUGCGCUUGCUGCUUGACCUCCUUCGAGAACUUCUCUUUGGUUGCCUUCUUGUCUAGCCGGCGAGCCUGGCGCUCUGCCUUCACGGCAUGCUUGCGAGCCUUCUUUUCGUCUGCCGUUUCGGUUUUGGAACGAGUGAUGGUAGCUCGGACAGGCCGGGGAUCCUGUUCCUCAUCCAUCGCGGAAGUAUCUGUCGGAGGAUGUGGCUGCUUGGAAGCCUCUACAAUGGACGGAAGCCCAGUUUUGGGGUCCAAACGAAUCUUAGGAACGAGCCUUUCACCCCUAGCCCGGAUGAGCCGUGGGUGGUUCUCGAGACUACUGUACGUGGUGAGUAUCGUCUCGCAAUCCCAUCUAUCCUUCUUCUCGUCCACUUCCAGUGGCAUGAGAAUAUCGUCAGCUUCGGAAUCACUGUCAUCGGCGUCUCGUAUUUUGGCUCCUCCGAAAGCCUUUCGGACUGUGUCGAGCUUAUCGGUGGCGGUCCCGGGAAGCGUCGGACGCAUCUUGCCCGCGAUCACCUCGUACUUCUCCAGGAAUUCGUCCAUCAUGGACUCGAAAUCUUCGCGAGACGCGAUGAGGUCGGGGGCUUCGUCCAAGUCGUCAAGUGAGGUCUCCUCUUCCUCCUCAUCAGAAGAUUCGUACUCGCGCUGGAUCUGAUCGAAACGCUCAUCAAGGACGGUAAGAUGCUCAUUCCGCCACAUCGAAGAGCUGCUCAUACUAUACCCCGAGGCGUCCGACGCGCCUUUGCUCCUCCGCUUCUUCCCUCCGAUGACGGACGCCUGGGGUAGCGCACCAAUGGUGUCUCCACCUUCCGAAUAGGCGUCGAGAUCAGAUGGACUCUCCUCUCGAGAAGCUGACUUCUGCUCCUGCUUGAAGCGUGCAAACCUGGCCUCCCAGGACUCGUCCUCCUCGCCCGCAUCCAUUGUUCCGGUCUGAGCCCGUGCAUCUUCCUCUCGGUCGGGUAAGCCCUCCUCAUGGUAUUCGAAGUAGACAUCCUCAUGCACAUCACGCUCUCCGUCCGCGACUAGCUCCCCGAAGAAGUCGUCUUCCAGAUCCCCAUCCACAAACGCGUCGUCUUCUAGUGCGUCCAACACCUGGCGGAGGUGAGGGUCCAUGUCCGGCUGAAAACCCGCGAUGGACGAGGGAAUGUCUUGUUGCGCCUCGUAAUUUCUGGGGAGCUCGGCUUUAGAUGCGAGUGUCCCUGCAGGAAGGUCGAGGAGGGUAAUAGGAUCCUUCGCCUUGGCUUUACCCGUCGACCUCGACGGUGCCUCCACCCAGAUGCUGUCAACGCCAUCCUCCUGCAAUCCCACGGGCUUUAGAUGUUGCAUGUAGUCAUAAUUGGUAUCGUCGAAGUAGAUGCCAUAAAGUGUGGCUUCUCCUAUAUUGGCGCGAGAUUUGUCGUGAGCCAGAUCAGAAGGGGCGAUGAGCUGCUCAAGCUCUGCCCGCGACUUUCCCUUGACUAGGUUCCCUCUCUGCACCGGCUUCAAAACAUGUUUGCUCGCCUCUGGGUCGUGGAUGAGUGGGUCACGCUGGGAACGGUGUACAACCUGAAAGUGCUGGGCUCCCGGCUGACGAAAAAUCGACUUUGGAGGCAUGUGUAGUGAAUGGUGUGGACUGGAGUAC